AUUCGACGACUUCUCCAGAGCAACUGAACAGCUGUUCAUGUGGAAAUCGCAGGUAUUCGUCACAUACAGCAACGCCCCCUAUAGUUCGCUGCGAUCGCGAAUUAUAAUUCUAAGUAGAAAGCGAUUUUUUUUAAAAUUCUCUAAAUUGUUAUUUGAUGUGAUUAAAACAAAUAGAGUGGUAUUAAAAAGUUCUAAUGAAAAUGGAAUUAUAUACGCUAAAAUAUACAUUGUGAUGCUCUGAAAAAUUUUCUAUUGCAUGUUAGUUAUUUAAAUUUUUUCCCAAUAAUUUAUUACUGACUAAAAACUUAAGGUUUUUAAAGAGGAAUUAGUUUUAAAGGUUUUAAUAGUUAAUUUAAAUUCUUUACAUUUUAUGCUAGAACACAUUUUCAAGGGGUUUAACUUAGUAGCGGGUAAAACGAGCACGGUUUUCAAAGCAAACCGUAUAAGAUUGCGUAGAAAUUUUCGGAAGUUGAGGAGCGGCAGCAAAUAUUAGGCUGAGCCCCCUAGUAUUUACACGAAGAAGUAUUUCAAUGUUAAAUUAAAUAUCCAAAAUAGGUGAUAACACUCAAAACUAGCAUUUCAUUCAAUUUAUCUAUUGAUUGUUUCUAAUAUUUAUAGUUUUCUUUAUGCUUUGGAAUCCGAUUAAAUGCAUGAAACGUGAAAAAAUCUCACGAACUGGAAUAUAGAAACUUAAAUCCUAAUUUCAGUUGUAAAACUUAAUAGAAUAUAGAGCCUGUUCACAAUUCAUCUAGUAAACAUAAUAAUAGAUGGAUAUGUCAUGCGUUUUCUACAUUCUUACGGUUUUAGAAAGGUUAUAGUUUACACUGACUUAGCAUCCGUAAAGUGUAACUCUAAAAUGGCACACAAACUGUACAGUGAUAACCAUCUCGGUGGUUGAUUCUUAUAUGUACGUCUACACUGAUCACAGUGUGGACGUAAAUUAUGUUAGACGACAUUUGGUUCUCAUAGACGACACACCAUAGGUUUUAAAUCCUGCUGUUAAGUGCAAGAUAUUUUCUUAUAAAGUUACGUUGAUGCCGGUUGGUUUUAUUCAUAUAAGUUUUUCUGAAAAAUAGAUUUGCAUGAUAUAUACUUGACUUAAUAUUACUCUCGGCCUUCUGCAAAAAUGAAACGGAAUUAAUUUUUAGUGAAUACAAAUAACUUUCAACUUCUGUAGAAAUAAAUGCAUAUUAUAUGUUAUUAGGGGUUGAUUUUCAAAUAAAAACUCUCGAGCUUGAAGGUGAAAGAAUAGCUCUCCAACUAUGGGAUACAGCCGGACAAGAAAGAUUCCGAAGCAUGACGCAGCAAUAUUUUCGAAAAACUGAUGGCAUCAUUCUGGUAUAUGACGUCACAUGCGAAACAUCGUUCAAAAAUAUGAGAAAUUGGAUGAAUAGCAUUAAAGAAGGAACUUCGGAGGAAACGAUAGUUUUGAUUUUAGGUAAUAAAAUUGAUUUAUGUGAAAAGGAGAAUGAUAGAGUUGUACGAACAAAAGAUGGCGCAAGAAUAUCUGAU